AUGUCAUGUGUUUUGUUUUAUAGCUCCUUGCUGAAGCUGGACAUCUUUUCCAGGACAAUCAUGUGUCCGCCACUUGGUACACCAACAGAAAUGAACUACAGUAUCAGUGAUUCUUGGAGCGAUGAGGAACUUGUGCGAUUCUUAGCAGAGAGGAAGGCCGAGGACUCCCUGCCAGAGAACGUACUUGUGGGCAUGGACCUUACUCUCAUUCAUCCACUCGACUCCUCCCCUGGGAACAUAUGGUACCUGAACCAGUCAGAUGAUCAGCAGCCCUAUGGCAAUGGCGAGUCAGAUAUUAGAAAGGCAAAAGGUGGAUACUGGAAGUGCAUAGAUGUUCUCAGAAUACCAACAAGUAAAUCUACUGCUGGUGUGAAAUUUAGUCUGGAGUUUUAUGAAGGCGAAGCACCAUCUGGUAAGAGAACACAGUGGUUGAUGCAUGAAUAUCAGGUAGAACAGAAUGAUGAAGCUAAGGUACCACAGGAGUACAAGUCUUUGUGUACAAUAUUCAUGCAGGGGAGCAAAAAGUUAAAUACUGAAGAUGAACUGCUAUCUCUGAGUACUAAUGCUCCUAAUGAUCACUUGGAAUCUUAUCUUCAAUAUCUUGCUGACAUGGAAGAGCAGAAUGUUGCAGUAAACUCAAAGAUUGUAUCUUCAAGCCAGCAAAAUAGCUGUUCCAGAGAAGGAAAGGACAUUUAUGAAGAUUAUAGUACUGCAGAUGGCGUAGAUUUUGUGAAUGCUCUUGCUAAUGAGGACUACAUAGAAAUGAAAGAUCUAUUAAGCUCAGAUGGCUCUGCAUCGACUUCCGAAUUUUCAAGUAGACGGUCUGAAGAGUACUUUGACUCUGAUGCAUUACUGAGAGAGCUUUUGAAUGACCAAAACACAACUAGAGAAAUACAUCAGGACUGCAACCAUAACAUAGCUGGACCUACUAAAUCUGAUUGCGUGGUUAUCAGUCCACCAGAACAAGGGUUGGUUCACAACCAUGAUAAUCGUGCCAUGGUGGCUGGAACAUCACUGGAAAAGGCAGCGUCAGAUUCUGAAAGAGAUCAACAUUCAAACGAGCAGUGUCUGGAUCCCCAUCCUCCUGCGUCUUCAUGUUCUUCAAACAGCCAUGUAGAACAAAGCCAUUCAAAUAGUUCCAGUAGCUCGCAUGGAAGCACGACGUCUCCCCAGAGAAAUCGAUCUAUCAGCAAACUUGGAAAGAUAGGGAAGAAGUACUGCUGCUUGGGAUCAUUCUAG